AUGAGUCCGGUUUUGGUCUCUUCUCAUAUUGAGACCUUAUUAAAUGAUGAUUGCAUCGGGUUUACCCCCUCACCACCUCCCUUUCUUUCGCCCUUUCUCGCCUUCUUUCUAAUUCCCCCUCUCCCUAUCUCUAAUUUGCUGCUCUCUCCCUUCCUCUUCCGCCUAAGUUUCUCCUCCCGUCUCUACCUUCCUCUUGCACUCGCCGCCUCCCUAAAUAUCUCUUUCAGCCCUUCUCCUCCCUUGUUUAUCCUAUUUUCCUCCCCCCACCUACAUCUGUCUUUCUCACAGCUCCUCUCCUUCUCCAUAUAUCGCCAUUUCCUUCCCUCCUUCAUUCUUUCAGCUUCUCUUACUCUCUGCGGCUUUCUUCACUUCCUUCUUUCUCGAUCUCUCUCUAACCCUCUCUCCGCCCCUUCUCUCUACUCCCUACAUUACUUUCUCCCUCUUUUUUUACAUUUCCUUCCUUGUCUCUCUAUCUCUCUCAUUCCCUUUCUUUCUAUUUCUAACUCCCUCUUCCUCUUCUCUUUCCUCCUCUCUCGUAUUUCUCCUGUUUCUUCCUUAACUCUCACUCCUCCUUCUUACUACUACCCUUUUACUCUAUUCCAAUCCUUUUUUCUUUCUUUCUUUCUUUCUUUCUUUCUUUCUUUCUUUCUUUCUUUCUUUCUUUCUUUCCGUCUCUCACAGUUUCUCUCUCCACUCGCCUUCUUUCUAUUGCUCUUUCCUCUCUUCCAUUCUUUCUAUCUCCUUUUCUCUCCCUUCCCUCUCUCUCGUGUCUCUCGUCUUUCUCCCUUUCCUCUCAUUUCCUCAGUCUUCCUACUACUCUUGCACAAUCCUUUUCUUUCUUUCUUUCUUUCUUUCUUUCUUUCUUUCUUUCUUUCUUUCUUUCUGUCUCGCAGAGCUUCUCUUUCCCCUCCUCUUUCUUCCUACUGCUCUCUCCUCUCUUUCAUUCUUUCUAUCUCCUUUUCUCUCCCUGCUUCCAUCAUACUUCUCUCUUCCUUUUCUUCCUCCUUCUUUCUUCCUAUCCCUCCUUUUCACUCUCUCCCUCUCUAUCACCAUCUUUACGUAUCCCUCUCCCUCCUCCUUUCUCUUCUUCUUCACCCUAAACCUCUCCUCUCACUUUCCCCCUUUCUCCGCCUUCUUGCCAUUGAAAAGCAUACAUAUCUCAAUUCGUUUUCUAUUCAAAUCUCGAGGUUUUUUUUUCAUUUUAAGAUGAAACCUUUAAGUUGGUUUAAUUUAAUUAAUUGA